AUGAAUUAAUAGCAUAAAUGUUAAUUAAAAACCUUGGGCUAUGUUAGAAAUUAUCAAUCAGAAUCUGCUCCUAGUAACAUUAUCAACCAUACUCUUUAUCAUAAGUAUGCAGCCUCAUAAAAUUAUUACUUCACAAGAGAAAUCAAUGAUAUUUUGGGUAAGAACAGAACACCUGCUACUAUUUAAUUUUAUGAUGAUACACAAUUUUAAGAAUUAGGAGAAAGAAUGAAGAGAUAUUACUAUAUUAAUGAAUAUAUUGCUAAAAUUAAAUUACUAACAGAGUUCUACAAAUAUCACAACGAUUUGCCUCGGUUUACUGUUCACAAGAAUUUGAUACAAAUAUUGAAUUUGUAUUAUGAUAAAAAGCGAAAACUUGAAUACUACAAAAUAUAAAGAUAGAUUGAAUAUGAGAAUCGAAACAAUCCAAAUCGACCUCCAAAAGGUAUAGUGGGGGAUAAACCAAUUGAAACCCAAACAACUCCGUAAUCCGAAAGCAGUAAUGAUUCAACUAUUAACAACAAUGUUGAAAACAUUCUUCAAGAUAUAAAAUAAUAAGAAGAGUUAAAUUAAGAAGAAAUUAGUAAAAUCUCGAAAAUCCAAGAAGAUUAGCAAAGUGAGAUUAUUCAAAUGUUGAAAGCUUUCAAUCCACAAUAAAUAAACAAUCAGAAAAAUGUUUAGAAGUAUCAAGUAUUUAAAAAGCAAAAUCCUUUAUUUAAAAAAUCUCUAAAGUUAGACGAGUUUGCUUUGUCUCAAUCAUCAAGGACCUAAAGUAAAUGUUGCAAUGAUAUCAGAGUUCCUUUAUCAACUAGAUUUACUACAGACUCCGUCAGUAAGGUACUUAAGACAUCUUAAGAGAGAACUAAAGAAAAUAAUGUUCAAAAGGAAAGCUUAAUUUCAUUGUUUAAUAAAUAUUCUAAAUUAAGCAGAGCUAGACUUGAAAAUAAAGUGGAUUAAACCAAAGAAACCAAAAAUUCAAUACCUGAAAUGAAAUAGCUAGAACUUAAAAUAAUGAAAUCAAUCAAGGAUAUGGGAAAGAACACUCCAAAAUCAUAAAGGAAUAAAUGUGUCUAAAAUAACAAAGGAUUGCAUUAAAUAUUAAGUAAAGUUAAUAAGGCAGAUUCAUUUAAAGAAAUUAAUAGAACUUCCUUACUAAAGAGUUGUUCUAAUCGAUCAAUUAAAGUAACUAACUAAUUAGAUUGUUACAAAAAUCAAACGAAUUUUAACAGUGUUUUAAAUCCAAUCUCAUCCUCAAAUAAUCCCUAUGAAUAAAAGAGAAGCAAAGAUAAACAGCAAUCAAAAUUAAAAGCAAAUGAUCUAAAAAAGUUGAUGAUUUACAAAUUAGAAAAGAAUUCUAAUAAAGAAAAAACAUAAAAAAAUAUUCCAAAAUUAAACCUGCAAACAAUUAAUAAUUUUAAUAAUCUUUAAACUAGCUUAACAUUUAGGACUUAAACUAGUUCUGCUUAACAAUUGACUCCAAAACCUUUAACAGUGAGAUGCAGAAUUAAUAAUCUAAUUCAUUGGUAAGUGAAAGCAUUAUAACAAAAUGUUAAUAAUAACUCUUAAUAAAAAUGA